GUUGUAGUGUGACACAAACACCGUUAGCAACAUUGUAAGCUGUAGACAGGUUGUAGUGUGACCAGAUAUUAGUUCAUUGUCACAAGCCUGCUUGUAUGAAUUGCGCAUGGGUAGUGGUGGUCCCUUCCGCCAAGAGCAGCAACAGCUGAAGAGUACUUCAUUUGGUCAGUAUCGCUGGAGAGAUAUACAGUACUUACAAGCUGAUAGCACUGUCGCCAUUGUUACAAAAGACAUUGUCUUCGCUGGCUGAGUCAUCAGCUGUGUCAGGGUCGACAAUGCCGUCAUCACGUGGUCUGCUGGUCAUCACUUGUGUCUUGGCGCUGGACCUGAUGACGUCAGCGUGUCCCAGCUCGGGCCCCACACCUGAUUUACUGUCGCUGGUGACUGGCAGGUGUCUGCAGUUCUCCACCUUCCUCAAUCCAGCAGCCAUGUGUGACGUCACCACCAGACGACAAAACUGCUCGGAAAUGGCAGAUCUGUUUAUCUCGGCGUUCGCUUUUCAAGACGUUUGCAACAUCAGCAUCAGUCGCUACGACGAGUUUCUGGAGGCGACGAACCACUGGAUUCCAGCAGACAAGAGCGUGUUUUGGGAAGGUGUGUACGACUUUGUGCACCUGUACACCGAGAUGGGAAAACGAGCUAUCACGCUUGAGGACACACUGACAGGGUACAUGAUCGACCGCCUGAGGUUUUGUGCGGAUCCAGGUCAACCGAGUGGGAUUGGUGGCCCGAGCACCCACCCGUGCCCUAGUUUUGAGGAGACAGAUGGAUGCCCGUGGAAUGCUGAGUUCGCGUUUUGGACAGCGGCCUCUCAAAACUUCGCAUCCAAAGCUCGGGGCACUGUAUCCAUCAUGCUGAACGCCAGUGCGGAUGUUGCUUUCCCUCCAAACUCGUUUUUUGCUCAAUGGGAACUUCCACAUCUUAAGGCUGGUGAGGUCUCGGAGGCUAACAUCCUCCUUGUUCACACUCCUGGCCACGCAGUCAAAGAGACAUGCCAAGGUCCCAGUAUUACAGAUCUGAAGAGAAGAUUGGCCACUAAGAACAUCAGUGCCACCUGCCGAGAAAACCCGAGAGACGUUCUUUGGCUCUUAUGCUGGGAGGACCCUUCACACACAGAGUGCAGAGAGAUCAUCUCAGAUGACACUAAUGCAGCCAGUGUUGGAAAAAGUUGUCUUUCCGUACUCUCCACCCUUGUCAUGCUCACGGGUAUAUUUCUAAUUGUCCACAUCAGCCAGACCACCCCCUGACAUCAAUCUGUCUUGGUUCUCAUUGAAUGACCGAUUCUCAACCACCACCACCAUGGCUUUCACAACUACCACCACCCCAUUGUGAUGGUGCUGCUGCUACAGCCGUCGUCUUGGUUACUUUGACCGAGUCCCUCCCUACUCCACUGACUAUUCAUGCAAAACGAUUGACAUGUGUUGUGUCACAUUUGGUAUCGCGAGGAUAUGUGUGGAAAUUAAAGACCUUCAGAAAAA